GUUUAAUAAUAUUACAUCACAAAAAUGAAAUCUAUUACAAAAAUCUCCUUUGACGAGAACAUCUCUGACGAAUUUCUUAGCGAAGAUGUUUACUCAUGCAAGAUCCCCAGCUCUGCUAAAAUCUUGGAGAAUAUGAGCUACAAAUCAAUGAGCACUAGGAAGCAGGCAGAAGAGAAGUUUAAAUUUAACCCAGUAGAGACUUACUCAUAUUUGCAUCUUCACAAGAAUCUUCCUCAAAAGCUUAAGGAUAAAAAGCCUAGACUUAACUCUUAUUGUGAAGAAAUUAAGAGUGAAGCUAUGAGUAGACCACAAGAUCUCUGCAAAAGUACUGAGAAACAAAAACAGAGACACUCUCUGAAGCAAGAGAUAAGUAACCUCUUAAAGAUUGCUGCUGAAAUCAGAAGCAACGAGAAGUCUAAGGGCAAAUUUACUGAACAGGAGUAUGAUGAACCGCUCAGGAAAAGAAGAGAGGCCCCUAGUCAGGACAAUAUCACAAUGAGGGAUAUUCCCCCAUCUGUUAAAUAAUCUGCUGCUAACAUAAUUCUUG